AUGCCCAGAGAGGAAACAAAAGAGGAGGAAGAAGAGCGCAAGGCUCGCAGCGCCUACGAUUUGGUUCGGCUUCGUUUAAAAAGACUCGAGCAGAAUAUUCACAAGCCAGUCGUGAUUCCAGCAAUGCAAGAAAAGCUUGUUGCUCCCAAGCCGCCACCCGAAUUUGUCCGUAAUGUUGUUGGUUCCUCGGCUGCAGCUGGAAGUGCUGAAUAUCACAUUUACAGGAAUAAUCGACGAAAAGAAUACAAUCGGAUCGAUUACAUCAACGCCAAAGCCAAGCUGGAAGAAGAAGCAGCUGAUUUCGCAGCAAAACAAGCGGAUGUCCAAGAAGAAGAGGAUGACCGUACCGCAAAGAAACGAGCAAAACGGCAGCGACUAAAGGAAAACAAAAAGAAGAAAAAGAAGCCAAAGCGAGAAAGCGGUGAAGAUAGCUCGGAUGAUGAAGAAAGCGAAUCAGACGAGGAAGCUAAAGUCGUGAAAACGGACGCCGUA